AUGGAAGCGAAGAAGAUGAUGGAAGGUGGAUUAUACGCCGUCGUUUUGAUCCUAUUGUGCACCUCAAUUCAGGUGAGAUCGGACGGAUCAGAUCAUAAAUACAAAGUCGGAGAUCCAGUGCCUCUUUACGCGAAUAAAGUUGGACCUUUUCAUAACCCUAGUGAAACAUACCGCUUCUUUGAUCUUCCUUUCUGUUCCCGAGCUAAACCGAAAGAUAAGAAGGAAGCUCUUGGGGAAGUGUUGAAUGGAGAUCGUCUUGUAAGUGCUCCUUAUAAACUUGACUUUUUGCAAGAUAAAGACUCUGAAAUUGUCUGCGAGAAGAAGUUGUCAGAGGAAGAAGUAGCGCAGUUCCGCAGUGCUGUCUCAAAAGAUUACUAUUUCCAAAUGUAUUAUGACGAUUUGCCCAUUUGGGGUUUCUUGGGGAAGGUUGAGAAGGAAGGAAAAUCUGACCCCAGCGAGUAUAAAUAUUAUCUAUACAAGCAUAUCCAUUUCGAGAUCCUUUACAAUAAAGAUCGAGUUAUUGAGAUUAAUGCACAAACUGACCCUAAUGCCCUUGUAGACCUCUCUGAGGAUAAGGAAGUUGGAGUAGAGUUCACGUACUCAGUAAAAUGGAAGGAAACUAAUACUCCUUUUGAGAGGAGAAUGGAGAAGUACUCAAAGUCUUCUUCACUGCCUCAUCACUUGGAAAUUCAUUGGUUUUCAAUAAUCAACUCCUGUGUGACAGUUCUCCUCCUAACUGGUUUCUUGGCUACUAUUCUUAUGCGGGUCCUUAAAAAUGAUUUUGUCAAGUACACUCAUGAUGAGGAGACUGCUGAUGAUCAAGAGGAAACUGGGUGGAAGUACAUCCAUGGUGAUGUAUUCAGGUAUCCGAAGUACAAAUCUUUGUUUGCGGCAGCCCUUGGUUCUGGAACCCAGUUGUUUACCCUCACGAUCUUUAUUUUCAUCCUUGCACUGGUUGGUGUAUUUUAUCCUUACAAUCGUGGAGCUCUGUUCACCGCACUGGUUGUCAUUUAUGCCCUUACAUCUGGGAUUGCUGGCUAUACUGCAUCCUCUUUUUAUUGCCAGCUAGAAGGAACUAACUGGGUCAGAAAUUUAUUGUUGACUGGAAGUCUGUUUUGCGGUCCACUGCUUCUUACGUUUUGCUUCCUUAAUACGGUUGCCAUUGCUUACAAUGCAACUGCUGCACUGCCAUUCGGUACUAUUGUGGUCAUCUUUCUCAUAUGGGCUCUUGUUACAUCACCUUUGUUAGUCUUGGGUGGAAUAGCAGGAAAAAAUAGCAAAGCAGAGUUUCAGGCUCCUGUUCGUACCACGAAAUACCCACGAGAGAUCCCACCACUACCUUGGUAUCGUGGAACUCUGCCUCAGAUGGCAAUGGCUGGAUUCUUGCCUUUCAGUGCUAUAUAUAUUGAACUUUACUACAUAUUUGCCAGUGUGUGGGGCCACAGAAUCUAUACCAUUUACAGUAUUUUAUUUAUAGUCUUCAUCAUCCUCUUGAUUGUUACUGCUUUUAUUACUGUGGCAUUAACAUACUUCCAGCUUGCUGCCGAAGAUCAUGAGUGGUGGUGGAGGUCUUUCCUUUGUGGUGGAUCAACUGGGCUAUUCAUAUAUGGCUACUGCCUGUAUUACUAUUAUGCACGAUCUGAUAUGUCCGGCUUCAUGCAAACCUCAUUCUUCUUUGGAUACAUGGCUUGCAUUUGCUAUGGUUUCUUUCUUAUGCUUGGGACAGUCGGUUUCCGUGCAGCGCUCUUUUUUGUCCGCCAUAUAUACCGGUCAAUCAAGUGCGAGUAG